AUGCCACUCUCACCGUUUCUCCGCAUUACUCCCCGCUUGGGGCCGAAAAUAGCUCGGAGGUCGAAGAGAGCUGCUUCCACGCUAUCAUCAAAUGCAGCGGAGUCACGUUUCUCACUCGAUUCAAUUCUCAUUGCAAAUCGUGGUGAAAUAGCUUUACGAGUCGGACAAACCGCUUCGCAGCAUGGCAUUCGAGUUACUACCCUAUACACGGAUCCGGAUAGCCGAGCCCAGCAUGCCCUGAGUUCCCCUUUUGCGUUCAAUUUGGGAUCCGUUUCGGCCUACCUCGAUGGAGAUCGGAUUAUAGAGAUUGCAAAGAGAGAAGGCUGCCAAGGGAUACACCCUGGUUACGGCUUUCUUAGUGAGAAUUCUGCAUUUGCACGGAAAUGUACGGAGGCUGGGUUAGUGUUCAUUGGCCCACCGUGGAGAGCCAUUGAAGACAUGGGAGACAAGAGUCGGUCCAAAGAGAUCAUGACGGCUGCCAAUGUACCCUGUGUACCCGGCUACCAUGGCCAAAAUCAAGACCCCAACUUCCUCGAAGCUGAAGCGGACAAGAUCAGAUAUCCUGUGCUCAUUAAGGCUAUAAAGGGCGGCGGUGGCAAAGGCAUGCGUAUCGCCUCGUCAAAGUCAGAGUUUCAGGCUCAGCUAGAGUCAGCAAAAUCGGAGGCCAUGAACUCGUUCGGCGACGACCACGUCUUAGUGGAGAAGUAUAUCACCACACCACGACACAUUGAAGUCCAAAUUUUCGCAGACAAGCACGGUAAUUGUGUCGCUCUCGGAGAAAGAGACUGCAGUAUUCAACGCAGGCAUCAGAAGAUCCUUGAAGAGUCUCCUGCUCCUGACCUUCCUGAUGCAACCAGAAAAGACCUCUGGGCUAAAGCAAGAUCCGCCGCAUUGGCUGUUGAUUAUGAAGGUGCUGGCACAGUCGAGUUUAUCUUCGAUAACGACACCGGGGAAUUCUUCUUUAUGGAGAUGAACACCCGACUUCAGGUUGAGCACCCCGUGACUGAGAUGGUUACCGGCCAAGACCUGGUUUACUGGCAACUCAAAGUGGCCGAGGGUGCAAAGCUCCCGUUGACCCAAGAUGAAGUGGAAGCCCAAAUGGCUAGCCGCGGACAUGCUAUUGAGGCUAGAAUUUAUGCAGAGAAUCCUGACCAGGGGUUUAUUCCUGAUUCGGGGCGUCUGGUCCACGUCCGCACUCCAGCAAUCACAGAGGAUACUCGGAUUGAUGCAGGCUUCGUCACCGGGGAUGAGGUGUCAGCACAUUAUGAUCCUAUGAUCGCAAAACUGAUUGUGCGGGGCGCAACACGAGAAGAAGCGAUCCGCAAGCUUGCAGCUGCACUGGAGGAGUAUGAAAUUGCCGGGCCCAUCACCAACAUCGAAUUCUUGAAGGCUGUCUGCAAAAACGACGAUUUCAUUGCAGGUCAGGUUGAAACGGGUUUCAUCGAGAAACACCGGGAAGGAUUGUUCGCCACAAAUGUCAUCGGGGACGAGGUGCUCGCACAGAUCGCAUUGGCCUGUCUACACUCCGACACCGUUGACAACUCGCGAAAACUAGCUAAUUUUGAAGGGUCUGCGGUGGGAUUCAGUCCAAGUUACCAGCAACAUCAGUUCACUUUCGGAGACACGCAAACCGGGUCUAAGGAUGGCACCACAUUCAAUGUGCAAAUCCAACAGACAAGCGACAACCAAUUCAGUGUGAAGGUCGGGGACCGAGUGUUCGAGCCAGUGUUCAGCCAUCGCAACCCGGACUCGCCAGUGAUCACCUCAUUCUUUCCCCACACGCGUCUAGACACCACGGUCAUCCGGGGCGAAGAUUCAAUAGUCGCAUUCCAACAAGGUACCCAGUAUCGAUUGACGGUACCACGGGCGAAAUGGAUGGAAAAGGCAUUGGGAAUGAAGGAUGUGACCAACAGUGUGUUGGCGCCAAUGCCGUGCAAAAUCCUGCGUGUGGAGGUACAGGCGGGCGACGCGGUCGAGAAGGACCAACCGUUGGUGGUGAUCGAGAGUAUGAAGAUGGAGACCGUCAUCCGUAGCCCACAGCGGGGAACUAUUUCACGGGUGGUGCAUCAAAAAGGAGACCAAUGUAAGAGCGGGACUCCCCUCGUCGAAUUCGCGGGUGAAGGCGGUGACUAG